UUCGCAGGAGCGGAGGGAGGGCGAAGCCAGAGAAGCGAGCAGAUCCAGAAGCGGACGCGUGAGAGCGCCUCCCGGGCACGCGCCCUCCCCGUUACUCAUUUACAGUAGAGUCGGACAAUUACCGGGCGCUCGUACCAGAUGCGCGUCACGUCCCGGUCGCCGCACAGCGCGGGCAGUUGUUAGUCGGUGUCUCGUUUCCAGGUGCUGUCAGCGCCCGCCUGGCAGCCGGCGUGAGCGUUGCUGAUCGGGGGACCUGCGCGUUUGUGCCGCACACAGCCACAGCCACAGCCAGGACCUCGCUCAGCUGUGAAGGAUGCGCUGCAGCUGCCUUUCGCACUGAUUCCAUGGCUGGUUCCCCGGGAGGUGACCUGCCACUUGUACAGUUCCAGCAGGUGGGCUCCAACAAGACGGGGGACCGUUGCUCCCCGGUAUCCCUUCCUGGUGUCUACACCGGCGCCCUACCAGGCCUGGCCAUGGACAGCCGGGCAGUAUGUAUCCCUUCACCCUAUGCGGACAGCAGCCGUGACUACGCAACCCUCAGCUUCUACAACCCCUCCGUGCUGGACUACCCAGGCUCCUCCAUCCCCGACAGCCCCUCCGUGAGGCCACCUCUUAGCCCUGCUAUCUACUGGUCACCGCACGGUCAUCCUGGCCAGCUCCCCCCGCUCACCCUGCACUGUCAGCAGCCUCUGGUGUAUGGUGAGCCCCCUCGGACCCCGUGGGUGGAGCCCAAGGCCCAGGACCACGCGUUGGUCGAGAGCAGCAAACUGACGGGGCGGCGGCUGCUGGAAGGAGACGAGGCGCUGAGCUCUUCUGCAGCCUGCUUAACAGGGAAGAGUGACAUGCAUUUCUGCGCCGUCUGCCACGACUACGCCUCGGGCUAUCACUAUGGCGUCUGGUCCUGUGAGGGCUGCAAGGCCUUCUUUAAAAGGAGCAUCCAAGGACACAAUGACUACAUCUGUCCAGCGACCAACCAGUGCACCAUCGACAAGAACCGCCGCAAGAGCUGCCAGGCCUGUCGCCUGCGAAAGUGCUACGAAGUGGGCAUGAUGAAGUGCGGCGUGAGACGCGAGCGCUGCAGCUACCGGGGUGUGCGACACCGGCGUGUGCCACAGAUCCGGGACACAGCCAUGGGCCCGUGCCCCAGGGCCCAGAGGCGACUGGAAAGCAGCCUGUCCCCCAUGAAGAACUUCCAACCUCUGGCUCUAACCCCCGAACAGUUGGUCUCGCGCAUUAUGGACGCGGAGCCCCCAGAGAUCUACUUGAUGAAGGACACAAAGAAACCUUUCACCGAAAGCACCAUGAUGAUGUCCCUCACUAACCUGGCCGACAAGGAGCUGGUCCUCAUGAUCAGCUGGGCCAAGAAGAUCCCAGGGUUUGUGGAGCUCAGCCUGUCGGAUCAGGUGCAUCUGCUGGAGUGCUGCUGGCUGGAGGUGCUCAUGCUGGGUCUCAUGUGGAGGUCCGUUGACCACCCUGGGAAGCUCAUCUUCUCCCCUGACCUCAAGAUCAACAGGGAGGAGGGCAGGUGUGUCGAGGGGAUCAUGGAGAUUUUUGACAUGUUACUGGCCGCCACCGCCCGCUUCCGAGAGCUGAAGCUGCAGAGAGAAGAAUACGUCUGUCUCAAGGCGCUGAUCCUGCUGAACUCCAACAUGUGUGUGAGCGCCCCAGAAACGCCCGAGGAGCUGGAGAGCCGCGCCAAACUGCUGCGGUUGCUGGAUGCCGUGACGGACGCCCUGGUGUGGGCCAUCGCCAGGAAAGGCCUGACCUUCCAGCAGCAGUCCGCUCGCCUCGCUCACCUACUGAUGCUGCUGUCGCACAUCCGCCAUCUCAGUAACAAGGGAAUGGAGCACCUCUCCACCAUGAAGAUGAAGAAUGUUGUGCCACUUUACGACCUGCUCCUGGAGAUGCUGGACGCCAACACCAUGCACAGCUCCCGCCUGCACAACCGCCCCCAGCCGGGGGAAGCCAGUCCCCAGGAGCCCUCGCCCUCCUCCACGGCUGAAAACAAGCCCUUGAAGCAGUAGCCUCGAGUGACAGGGCUGUGGCCCUCAGUGAACUGCAGUGGGACAUCCUUAAAGAUCGUGACCGCCCCCCUCCCCCCGCCCUUUACACCCCUGCGCUCCAGCAUUCUCGUCAACUCUAUUGUAGAUUCCAGAGCUGCAGAUGGUUGUUUGCGCAAGAUGGGUGUUGGAUGGACAUAAAGGGAUCAAUGCCCCACGGAUGGCUGCGUGCGUUUUAAACUUUUGAGCUGAUUUAUGAGCUCAAACUAAUUUCCUCCUGGGACUGAUGAAGGUUCCUUUCCAGCAAGGCUUGCUUUAUUCAUUCAGAGGCUGGGCUCGGCAGUACCUACCUACUCGUCGUCUGGAAAAAUACUGCCCCCCAGAGAGGGCACGGCUUCUUUAUCCUCCCUGAUUCUGCUACUACCGUCUUUGUGUCUGCAUCCAUUUUGGAUUUGCGCAAACCUUACCAGCAUGCUUCUUCUCAGCGUCAGGGGUUUUCAGCUCUUCAGCGGAAGAGCGACAUUGCCGAUAGCCCCAGUGUCAACAUAGCCAGAGACCCGUGGACUGGGACUGCAGUGAUUAGCAACACAUGCCAUGGUGGCCUUCAGCGUGACUGUUCUUCACAUGAAGAUUGGCAGCAGGACUGGAAGUCUUGGACAAAACUGCAAUUCAUUACCCUGGGAACAAUUUUUUUUCCCUCUGUUGACAUAAUGUCAUUCAGCUUCUGGUCAAGGAAAAUAUCAUUUAUACAUGCAGCAGUACAACCACGUGUGACUUUUUUCAAUGAAGUGUUUUUCACAAUGACAUUCUGUUAAAAAAAAAAAAAAAAAAAAACAAAAAAAAAAAAACACCACACUAACAGUGCUGAUGAGCGAUACCAUAAUUUUUGCUUCAAGUUUACUGCACAUAUCGAAGGUGCCACCAGCAGACAGUACUUGCUUCUGACAGGUGUCAAUGUUGUUUUUGCACUUCUAAGAAAAUGAUUUUUUUCCAUGUGCCUCACCAGCAUUGCUGUCCGGAACCAAAA